AGAUAUCAUUAACAUAUUCUAAAAAGAUCAUUCAAAGGCUACUACUUAGAAGGAUCUGAUGCUUCAAAUUAAAUAUUUACAUCUGCUGAUAUAACAAAGGCAGAAUAAACUUAAUGAAGAAAGAACAAUAAUUAUACUAGCAUAUAAAAAAUCAAGAACUAAUCAAAUGUCAAGGUGCUUUAAAAAUACAAGGUCUUACCACAAUCACAAUGCUAAAAGCUUUUUGAAAUAUCAAUGAAAUGGAAUUGACUUUAUCAACUGCAUAAAUAUUUUGCCAACAAUCCAGAAACAACAUUGACAUUUUGUAUUUAUUUUGUAGGCCUAUAUUGAUUAACUUUACAGUCAAAUUGUUCUUUUUUGAAAAGGGUUUUAUAAACUUUUAAACUUAUAUUGGCUUGUUUGCUUUUUUGAUUGUGCAAUGGGCUCAAAAUCAGUAAUCAUCAGAUAUGUACAAAAUCAGAUAUCUCACAACUGUCACUCUUCACCAUUGUCAAAAUUCAGAAACUUAAGCCAAGGCAUUUUGGAUUCAUCUAAGCUGCAUGAUUUUUCAUGUAUCCAUAAAUCAACUCAUUUAAGAUAUAUAUGUAUAACCAAAGGCUUGGUUUUGAACAUUCACCCACAAACAGAGCACAAAUCUCUUAAUCAGCAGCCUAUUCUAAAAAAAACAAAUGAUACUAGUACAUGUACUAGUAAUUCUUUGAAAGAGUUAAGUCUUUGUACUGGGAAAAUGACACAAAAGGUUCUUUACAAUAACAUAGUUGAGGAUUUCCCUGAGGGCAUACAGAUGGCAUUCGCUUAUGGUUCUGGUGUUUUCCAGCCAUAUAGCUUACAAGAGACUGGAAACAUGCUCGAUUUUAUAUUUGUAGUUGACAAACCAAAGAAAUGGCACAGUCAAAACUUGGAAAGGCAUCCACACCAUUACUCAUUCCUGAAAAAAUUUGGACCACACACUGUAGCAAGGAUUCAGGAAAGGUUGGUUUAUGGAUUAGUUUAAUAGCCUUCAAGUUUAGAAAGAGAUUUUCUUUUAUUAAUUACUUAAAAAUUCAGCAAUGUCUUAGUAAAUGCGUAGGGAAAACAAAAGUUUAUAUUUGUAAAACAAGAUUUGGAGCAGACUAUGCUCAAACUAUAAUUUGUGGUGUUAUGCUUAAACAUUGCUUGACUUGAAGCCUUACAUAUAGGUCUACUACAACUUGGUUAACAAGAAUUUGUUUUAAAUGAAAUGAGGUUGAUUCCCAAUAGUUAAAUUCAGUUUUUAAUUAAUUUUUACAAUUCAGUUUUUAUUAAAACUGUAGAGUUCAAAUUGAAUUAUUUUAAUUAUAGAUACGGCGCGGGUAUUUACUUCAAUGCCUUAGUGCCUAUGCAUGGCCACCUCAUAAAGUACGGUGUAAUCAGUACAGCAAGGCUCAUCACUGAUCUACUCGACUGGGAGUCACUCUAUAUUAGUGGUCGAUUGCACAAACCUGUUAGCUUAAUUAUUCUUCCCACAAAUGAGGAUCUCAUAACAGCUAUGAAAGUAGGUUGUUUGUUGUAUACUGUUGCAAAAUGAAAGUAGAUUUUUUGUUUAAAUUAAUUUUUUUUGUUUUAAUGUUAUUAAAUUAUCAAUAAUUUUAAAAAAAUGUAUAUUGUAAAAUUAUUGUCAUUGCAGUUAAAUAAGAUGAGUAUAUAUUUAUACUUUGCGCCUUUAUUAUAAUAUGCAUACCAGUAUUAUAAUUAUUAUAUAUCAAGAUUUUCCUGUACAAAAAUAUAUUAUUUUAAUUUUUUUGUUGUAGACAUUUAAACUCUGGGUAAUAUGAAACUUAAAGUAAAAGUAGCCAGACUUAUUCCAACUGAUGUUGGAUUCAGACAGUGGCUUCAAAAUCAUGACUACUCAGACGUUUUAUGUUAAUGAUUGCCUUGAAUUUUCUUACCAACUUGUUGAAAUUUGCAAUUAAUUUUCUCUGUAUUUCACUGAUGCAUUACAUUUAAUUCUACUUCAUUUUUCUUUCAUACCAAUGACAUGUCAAAAGGGCAAAGUCUUAUAUAUAACCUUUUCUUCCUUGACCAGCUAUUUCUUGAGUUAUAUGAACCAUACAAGUACAAGACAACCAGCCAAUCUUAAAUGUAGCCAAUUUUUAAACGUUUUUAAUACAUUUCUAAUCAAAUGCAUACUUGAACAUAUAAUAUCACAGCUGUUCAAUCAUCAAGAUUGUUUAUAAGCAGAUUUAUUUCAUUUGAUUUCAAAUUUAGGCAUUAUCCUGAAAUAAUAAUUAUCAUUAUAUACAGGUGAACCUGAGAAGUGCAGUCCAUGCAGCACUGCUUCUUCUGCCCGAUAUGUUCACAGAAGAACAAUUAUACACAACCAUUACAAGUCUUUCAUAUGCUGGAGAUUUUAGAAUGGGAAUAGCUGAAGAUAACAAUCAGGCCUGUUCUCUAGUUAUUCUUUAAGUAUUUGAAUUUUUUAGGCUAUGUCCUCAAUAAUUGUUUUUAUUUUUUACAAAGUAUGACAAUUCUCUCUUAAAAUAAGAAAUCUCAAUUAUACAUUUUUAAAAUGUGGGAGCUUUUGAGAGCUGUCUGAGCCAUCGAUUUAUCUGCCAUCAAAACUAUCUAGCCUUGAUCUGCUUGCUUGAAAAUUUUAUUAUAUUGAAAAUUUUACCAGUCUAAACCUGUAGUGGGUUGAUAUAACUUUUUCAUUAUCUAACAGAAUGUGACAUUAUGUCCCUUGUUUAUUUAAAGAUAUCCAACAUUGUGAAGCCCAGCCUUCCAUUCUUCCGACGAAUGUACGGCCCAAUCCUCAGAGAAGAAGAGCAUGUUACCUGGUGGCAAAAUGAGGGUCAGUUUGAGCAGGCCUUGACCUUUCAUUCUAGACAUCACCAUUUAAAAUGUUUGCCUGGCCAAGUGCUUUAUGGUCUACUAAUGCACAAAUUUCAGGUAAAACUUUUUUUUUUUUUAAAUCUUAGACGUUUGAAUGUUUUGGAAACUGCUCCUUUAACAUACUUUAUGGUGGUGAGAAGUUAAAAAACCCACUAAUUUAUGAUAUCUAAAGGAUUUUUUUCAAUGUAUAAAGUUCUUAAACAAGUCUGUCAUUUAUUAACAACCUAAAGAACAUUUAAAAAUUAAGCUUAAAUGUUUGCAUAAUAAUUCCUUAAUAUUCAAUGAAAAUAAAUACCUGUUAAAAAGUUUUAAGAUAUGUCAACUUCACAGAUAGGAGUUUUUCCUGAUUUGGAAGAAAUUAUCAAGCGGCACGCUUAUGAUUCCGAGUGCGGAAAGCAUGUAGCAAACAGCUUGAGGCACAUUGUGAAAAAGUCUAGUGCUAUUCAGAUCUUGAAAGGAGCUCUGACAUUAGGUUUUUCCAAGUCUCUAAGAUAUGCUCUUAAUAACAUACUUAAAAAAAUUAGAAGCAUAUAA